UGAUUCUCAGGCCCCAACAGAUCUCCAUUUUAAAUCAUCGAUUUCGACUCCGUGAUUGGAUUUCGACUCCGUGAUUGGAUUUCGAGCCUGCCGUGCAUCCAACCCGUUGACAGCUCCACCUGCACCAGCGGCAACGGCUUCAUGGGGGAAAGGCGCGAAACAAGAGGUUCCCAACCAACGCUAGCUGGGGGAGCUCCCUCCCUAAAUUUAGCGCCAUUUGCUUGUUUUAGAGGGUGACCAUCUAUGGGGAUCGGUCGUCCUUGUGACCACCUGCAUCUUCCCCUUCGGGUCUCUGAGUUCAUGGCUGUAUGCUCUUCUCCACAUCCUUUUGGCUUCUGCCCACCCUCCAUGCCGGUGUAACUUGGAGGAAGUCUAGAAUGGCCGGUAAAUCCGGCACUCUGGUUGUUGGCGAUUCUAAACAAUGCGCAUUGGUGUUAGGAAUCUUGUUAUUCCUCUUCAACCCUGUGAUCGGAAAGACAGACGCCGAUGAUGUUUCUGCCCUCAAGGUGAUGUAUAGCAGCUUAAACUCUGCUCCUCAAUUGACUGGAUGGAGUUCAGCUGGCGGUGAUCCCUGUGCAGAUUCCUGGAAAGGAAUCAAAUGCUCUGGUUCUUCUGUCACUGAAAUAAAAUUGUCAGGUCUUGGAUUGACUGGGACGAUGGGAUAUCAAUUAUCGAGUCUGACUUCUGUAACCUACUUUGAUCUGAGCAACAACAAUCUUCAAGGAAGCAUACCAUACCAACUUCCACCAAAUGCAGCACACAUAAAUCUUGCCAGCAACUCCUUCUCUGGCAGUAUACCUUAUUCUAUCUCUCAAAUGAGUGAUCUUGAGUACCUAAAUCUUGCUCAUAAUCAACUCAAUGUGCAGUUAAGCGACAUGUUUGGUCAACUUCAGCAACUUACUUUUCUUGACCUCUCAUUUAAUGGUCUAUCUGGCGAUCUACCUCAAAGUUUUGCUUCCCUCUCAAGACUUACCACUCUGUAUUUGCAGAAUAACCAACUGACCGGUUCAAUCAAUGUUCUUGCAAGUCUUCCACUUGACAACCUGAACAUUGAAAACAACCAUUUUAGUGGAUGGAUCCCAAGUGAGCUGAAGAACAUAAACAAUAUCAAGACUGGUGGAAAUUCAUGGUCAUCUGGUCCUGCCCCUCCUUCACCACAUCAGAGAAAUAAAUCCAACGGCCACUCCAAAAGUGGAAUGGGCUCAGAAAAGAUCCGAGAUGCAGUAAUUAUCAUUGGAUUGGCAAUAGGAGCAUUUGCACUUAUUGGAAUUGCUGCAGCCAUAGUUUCAUCUAGAUCAUCACCCCGUUAUCUGGAUGAAGAGAAAAUGAGUAGCAGAAAUGACAGUCCUUUUUUUUCUCAGGAGAUCAAAGGCUUCAAACCAAUUGAGACUUCUGUCCCAAUAAACAUGAAGACAUUGCAAACAUCUUCAUCCAUAGGACUUCAACCUCCACCAUCAGAACAGCGCACAUCAUUUAGCAAUAGUGAUUCCUUAAACAAAAGCAGUUCCAGAAGAAGUGGAGGCCCUGUAAUGGCAACAAAUUACCCUCUAGCAGAACUUCAGAUGGCUGCAGGAGGCUUCGGUAGGGAACAUUUUGUCGGUGAGGGAGCUCUUGGACAAGUUUUCAAGGCAAAAUACGUUGAUGGGAAGGAAAAAUUGCAGGUUCUGGCAGUCAAGAAGUUAAUGAUUGGACCAUUUGAAGGUGAAAACUCAGGAGCAUUCAUGGAGACAGUGUCUGAAAUAUCUCGGUUACACCAUCCAAACAUCACAGAACUUGUUGGUUAUUGUUCAGAGCGUGGUCAAAACCUAUUAGUGUAUGAGUUUCUGCAAAAUGGAUCACUUCAUGAUUUUUUGCAUUUGUCGGAUGACUUUAGCAAGCCACUUACUUGGAAUACUCGAGUUAAGAUUGCUCUUGGAACAGCCAGAGCCAUAGAAUACCUACAUGAAGUAUGUUCCCCAUCCGUUAUCCAUAGAGACAUCAAGUCUGCCAACAUUUUACUGGAUGCUGAACUCAAUCCUCGUCUUUCUGAUUGUGGUUUUGCUGCAUUUUACCAGGAUUUGAAUAAAAAUCUGGGAGUUGGAUACAUUCCACCUGAGUGCACUACACCAUCAGCAUAUACACUGAAGAGUGAUGUCUACAGUUUUGGAGUUGUAAUGCUGGAACUUGUGACAGGUCGGAAGCCAUUUGACAGCUCAAAAUCAAGAUUGGAACAGUCAUUAGCUAGAUGGGCCGCACCUCAGCUCCAUGACAUUGAUGCCUUAGCAAAGAUGGUGGAUCCUGCACUGCGGGGACUCUACCCUGCCAAAGCCCUCUCGCAAUUUGCUGAUGUCAUUGCUAUUUGUGUUCAGCCAGAGCCAGAGUUCCGGCCUCCAAUGUCUGAGGUUGUACAGGCACUUCUUCGGUUGGUCCAACGUGGUAGCAUGAAUACAAGACCAUCUGUAGAUGGACGAAGCACCUCAUGUAGGACAUCUGAUGCAGAUCACUCUGAUUAUCGAUAUAUUUAAAACAUAUCUUUUGUCAAUAUUAAUGAAUAGAAAAUUUUCUUGUAUU